AUGACCUAUACAGAGCUGAAAGAUGUCAGUAGUGACUAUUUAGGCGGAAUAUGUUUACACGAUGAGCUGAAUCAGCUGAUAGUAGCAAGCUGGGAUGGUACCGUAUCAUUGUACGAUUGGGAACAGAAUAAGUUAUUGGGACGAUUACGUCACAAGUGGUCGUUAACAAGCGUUGCACUAUGUGUUGGGUCUACGAAAUGCUACGUUGGUAGUGUACAAGGUGAAAUACUAGAACUUGAUUGGGAAUCUGAACGGCUGGUUUUGGUACAGGGUGUUUCAUGCACCUUAGGGGUAUCAUGUAUGGGUAGUUAUGGUCAUUAUUUGGUUGCUGGGUCGUGGGAUGGAAGUUUUAUCGUUAUUGAUACCAGACGGAAUUCCGUCAGUACGAAGCAGAAGCUGAUUGGGAAAGUUCUAUCGUUGGAUUGCUCUGAAUCCAGGAUUGUAUGCUUGACGACAGAUGGUAUAUUUGUGUUCGACGCGUUGAAUCUGAACAAUCCACCCAUACGACGGGAUUCAGGGCUAAAAUACCAGUCGCGAUGUAUCAAACUUGUGGGAAAGGAUGCUGGAUAUGUUCAAAGUUCGAUUGAUGGAAGGGUAGCUGUUGAAUAUUUCGAUAAUAGUGUUGCUAAAUUUGCAUUUAGGUGUCACAGGUUGAACUUGAAAGACAUGCAGCUGGUGUUUCCUGUGAAUGCACUUUGUUUUAAUCCCAUUUCUGGGAUGUUGUAUACUGGUGGGGCUGAUGGAAAGGUUGUAGCUUGGAACUUGGUCUCAAAGAAAAAGUCUGAAGAGCUACCUAAAGUUGAAGAUAGUGUUGUGAAGCUGUGUUGUAACAAGAAAGCGCUGAUCAUUGCUGCGUGUGACGAUUCGUUCAAAACCGGUGCGGUAGCGGAUGAUGUAAAAUUACAUCCUAGUAGGAUUUAUAUUAUGCCGUUGAAAGCUUCCUGA